AUGUCAAAGACUUCGACCUGGUCAUCCGUCUCUUACCUGCAGGGGACUAAUCGGGGUGCCGAGUGUGGUGCGAAUGAAGUCACCUCGUCGACGCUUAUCGUUCCAGAAGCGCGUCCGAGUUCCCGGCCUCAGUCUUUCAUUCAAACACCUUCGGAACUCGUCCCUCCCGCGACAAUGCUUACCGCCAAGCAUUUGUUCUUUGUGCUAGUGAUGUCACUCGUUGGACUUGCCUUUUGGAUCACCAAAGUGGAACACGAUCCUCGAAGUCGCGAGCUAGAGGAUGCGGAAUCCACUGGCAAGUUUGAAGCUGAACCCGUCGAUCCUGACGAUCCUGACGAUCCCGAUUUCUCGCUUGGUGACAUGGGAAUGCCGGUGAUCCUACCGUCGAAUCUUUCCCCCGAAGUGCGCGCACUUGUGCAGAAAGGCUGGGACGAGCAGGGUUUGAAUCAGUACGUGUCGGAUAUGAUACCCCUCCGGCGGCGUCUGCCAGACGUGCGAAGUAGUUGGUGCCGUAGCCAGGAAUUGGAGCGAAGGCAGCGUGGACUCAGUCCGGGCACGUUACCCCGUUCGUCGAUCGUGAUCGUGUUCUACAACGAAGCGUGGUCGGUGCUACUUCGAACGGUGCACUCCGUGAUCGAUCGAACACCGGACGAGUUGAUCGAAGAAAUCCUUCUCGUCGACGACUUCUCCUCGAUGAGUCACCUGCGGGAUCCACUGGACGAGUAUAUCCAGCAGUUCCCCAAAGUGCGCGUUCUCCGGUCGCCCGAACGGGUGGGACUUAUAAGGGCGAGGUUAAUCGGUGCGAAAGCUGCCCGGGCAUCCAUCCUUACAUUCCUCGACGCGCACUGUGAAGUUAUAGACGGCUGGCUGGAAGCACUGGUCGCUCACGUGGCACACGACGAAACGAUGAUCGCCAUUCCGGCCAUCGAUUGGAUACACGAGGACACACUUGCCCUGAACGCGCAGAACUCCAUCCGUUACUAUGGUUCCUUCGACUGGACGCUCAACUUUCAGUGGCGCAGCCGGGAGGGGCGGACGGCGGUCCCAUCAGGCAAUGGCACCCGGGUGGACCAGCCCGCUGCCCCGUACGACACACCGACCAUGGCCGGCGGGCUGUUUACCAUCCAUCGGGCGUUCUUCGAGCGGCUCGGUUGGUACGACGAGGGUAUGCAGAUCUACGGUGGCGAGAAUAUGGAGCUCUCCUUCAAGACGUGGAUGUGCGGGGGUCGGAUGCAGAUCGUGGCGUGCUCGCGCGUUGCCCACAUCCAGAAGCGGGGCCAUCCGUACCUACGCCAGGUCGACCGAGGGUACAAGCUGAUCAAACGCAACUCCAUCCGGGUGGCGGAGGUGUGGCUGGAUGAGUACGCCGACUACUUCUACGAGACGUUCGGUGGGCGUGACAAGCGGGGCCAGUUUGGGGACGUAUCCGCACGGAAGGAGCUUCGCCGGAAGCUCCAAUGCCAACCGUUCCGCUGGUACCUGGCGAACGUAUUCCCGGAGCAGUUCGAUCCGAGCAAAGCCGUCACACGGGGCGAAAUCCGAUUCGGUGGAAACCCCGAUAGCAGCCAGCCCACCUGUCUGGACUGGCCGACGAAGCUAAAUUUGGCUCGAUGUCACGGGUGGGGAGGUCACCAGCUGUGGUACCUGACACGAACCGGUGAGGUCACCCGGGAGGAUCACUGUCUCGAUUACGACGGCAAAAACUUGGACAUGGUCCGGUGUCACGGGCUCGGUGGUAAUCAGCAGUGGACCUGGGAUCCGCAGACCUUUCUACUGCGAAAGCUCACGUACGAUCGGUGCUUACAGUGGACCGGUGGUGAGUUCACGCUCGCAAUAUGCGACGCGAACGUGCGCGACCAGCGCUGGCUAAUGCAGAACUAUCAGCCGAACAAUCUGUGA